AUGACGUCCGUGGAACCCCGUUCCGAAGCGCAAAGUCCCCACGGUUCCAAUUCGCUUAGCGGGUCUGAUAAUGCCACCAGUUCUGUGUCCCCACAAGCCUCUGUUUCACUCCGACACCAGGCUCCCCAUGAGAGUUCAUCCUCCUCGGCAUCUUCCAUGUCUACAGUCGUAAACGGGGUGGUGAUGUCUGAUUCCCAGCAAGAACAAGGACAAACCACCUCUUCAGAAACAUCCACCUCCGCAGACGUUCCCCCACGAAAACGUUCCAAGGUUUCCAGAGCAUGUGAUGAGUGUCGACGAAAAAAGGUCCGUUGUAAUGCCUUGCUAGAUUCCUCAGGAACACAGGUCACCAAGAUCUGCACCAACUGUGAGAAAACCGGUGAUGUGUGUUUAUUCACUCGUGUUCCCAUGAAAAGAGGACCUACUAAGGGUUACACCAAAACUGAACAAUCUAUUCCCCCACACAGCACAAAAACUUCUCCGCAUUUGCCCAUCCCAUCACCUGGUAGCUACCCCCAAUUACAGGCAUUGGCCCAAAAUUCGUCUCCAAAACAGCCCCAGAGCCCGCUUCUUGCAACCUCUCAGGGACCCCCAAGUCCUCAAGUGAUACUUCCGCCGCUCAACUCGCAUAUUCUUCCGCCGCUCCAUACGAGGUCGUCUUCGUUCAAUGCCCCUGGUCAAGUUGGUCAGCGCCAGCACCCAAUGUUUUGGAAAGUUCCAUACGAGAUGCCUCAAUUUGAUGACCGCAGAGACUCGAUCGAUUCGAACUCUUCGUCCAUCAGCGGAACGUUCCAGCUGGGACUCCGCGCCCCUGCAGCAGGAAAUUCUCCCAAAGCGGCUCCUUCGUUUGGUUUGGAGAGCAUAGCCACGUCAGAUUCAGAAGACGAAUUUCUCAAUAACAAUUCUGCCAGGCUCUCCAGAUCUAGCUUUCAAGUCCCCCUCACAAGUUCGCGGCCUAAGGAAGGAACUGUUAGUCCCGUGCCGUCUCAUCAUAGUCUUCAAAGUCUCAAUCAGAAUUUUUCCCAACUGGCUAUUCCUGCUCCUCACAUGAAGCUUGGUCACUUGCUGAAAUCCAUUGAGUCAAAUCUAGACAUGUACUAUUCAAAACUACACAACCAAUUCCCGGUGCUCCUUGACAAAACUCAGAUUGUUGAAAGCCUUGAGCGACUGCAUGCUGAGGAGCAUGCUAUUGUGUUGGAACUUUUUAAUGCCUCCAUCCAGGUGCUGAAUUCAGUGGUCACGAAUUUUGAUUUCAACGUAAUCAUCUCAAGUUUCCAGCAAAUCUCCAUGGUUUAUGCUUCCAAGUCAUUCAUUAAUAAUCAUCCACAGUCCAAGAUCUUGUUUCUUAUGACCUUGGUGCUUCUCAAUUACGCAGUCGUGCUAUCUGGUCAUCAUUAUUCGAUAGGGUUUUCCAUCUCGUUUUCCAUUAUCCACGACUGGAAGGUUUACAAAGAGCCGGUUGGUUCCCCACUGUUCAGAGCGUUUAUGCAUCUGUUAAUUUUAGACAACCUAUUCUCAUUAUCAUUUGGUACACCGAAAAGCACAAGUUUUGCGUCGGCGAUAACGACUCCUAAUAUUCAAUCGUUUGUGGCUACCUUGGAUAAGUCAGAAAAUGAGUCUUUAGAGUAUACUCUAAUAGGUCUCAACUUACUGCUUAUUUCUCAGCCAAACUAUUUUUCGAACACAAUGGAUAAUUUCUCGCUGGACAUUCUAGACGACAAGAUUAAGUUCCUUGCAGUUUUGAGUACUGAGUCUGAACUUUGCGCGCUUUUCGAGUCGUUCACUUCCAUCGAAAACUCGCGUUCAACGGAACCAGAAGAUGUGGUAUUCGAAGUUCAACUUGAGUUCUCCAAGCUCUGUAAACGGAUGGUUUAUCUGAUUGACGAGCAAUUGGACGAUCUUGAACUGAUGAAAGUGCAACCAUUGCUCCCAUUAAUUAUUGCUAAAUGCUACAAGCUUCUGAUCACUUUGAGAACGCUGAUCACAUCUUUAAUCAGCUUCAAUGCUUUGAUUAGCAAUGAAGAUUUCAAGACGCGAUUGCCAAAGCUUCUGAGCUCAAUUGACACAAAUAUCGACAGAGCGUUGAAUCUCCGGGUUCCAAUUGGAUUCAUUAAAGUUCUCUCCGCAGAUUUGAGGAAGAGGGCGCCCGUCCAGUUAAUUCUCCCAUCUUCGCCAGACAAGACAUCUCUUCUUCAGACUUGGUGCGACCAGUCACGGGCCCUACUGACUACGGUGUUGACAAAAGAUAAUACUGAAGGCUGGUAUUCAUGA